AUGUUCUCAUUGAGAAAUGUCUUGAGUAUGCUUAUGGGCAGCGACAAGUCUGAUGUAGAGACAAAACCCAAGAGUGACGGAAACAGAGAGCUGAAGGACAAGAGCGGAUUGCCAGCUCGAUGGAAAACAUUGCUGGUUGGAAAGACAAAGUCUGAGUCUUCCACCAAGAGCAAUUCCCAAUCCUCCUCGCAGAAUCUCGGCCAGAGUGAUGCGCAGCCUACCAAUCAAAUUGUCGAGCAGGACAGAAUAUUCAAGGGCCUUGAUUGGGAACUUCCAGCUGGCAAAAAUGAAAUGGGCCAGCUUAUUCGAGAGUUCUCUGGCGACCUCAAUCUUGCCACGCAGGAAUUGGCUCACGAGACCCCUGUGUCCUCAAAGACUCUAAGCCUCCAUUCGUUUCCGUCAAAGUUUGAUAUUUCGAUGGAUCAAAAUCUCCCCCCUCGGCCUGCAAUGACCCCAGUCUCAUAUUCUGACAACCAACGAGUGCAAAAUGAGUCCACUAGCCAAGACGCUCUGAUUGCCAUGGAAGUUCACAUGGAGAACAAGCAGGCGCAACUUGUAGAAAUCCAGACCCGAUCUGACCAAACCAUGAACCAAGCUACUCGCAGUAUCGCCGACCAGAAUCAAGCUCCGCGAGAAACAGUCGAGCGCGACACAACGAACGAUGUUCAUCCGCCGCAAACCUGGCAGCACGGAGGUGACCCUACAGAGGUCGAGACUGUUGAACAGGCAUAUGCCCGUCACCGAAGUUCUCUUGCAGUUGUUGAUCGAAUUCGUAGCAUUGGGCUGCUUGGACCAAGCAUGGAUGAAACGAGCUCAAUCGCCGCAGACGAACAGCGAUUGCUGCGUGAGGUGACAGAAGACCUUGAGCUCCCGCCCAAUAGGGUCGCUUCCAAUGAAUCUUGGAUCGCCGUGACGAACCACUCUCAGGUCAUUCCGAGCAUCGAGGAUCCCAACACCAAUCUUGGAUGCGAGGGGCGGAAGACCCCAGAACCAAAUGCCGGGCAGGGCGACGAUGCCAGCGACCAAACCGAGUUGAUCUUGACAAGAGCAAGAAGCUCAGACCGAUUCAUCCCUGAGGGACUUUACUAUCAGAAUUCAGUGGACGGUGACUAG